AUGUGUCGAGCUUUUGCAACCACCCUUAAGGGUACUGCUAGAGAUUGGUACCGCACACUACGACCCGAAUCCAUCGGUUCCUUCUCAGACAUGGAACAACUCUUCACCAGCCACUUCCUUAGCAGCAGGAGGGUUGCUAAAACAACUGGCCAUCUCAUGAGUAUGGCGCAAGGAGAGCAUGAGACUCUAAAAGAUUUUAUGCAUCGCUUCAACACGGCAACUCUAGAGAUUCGCAACUUAGACAUGGGAGUUGCACUAGCAGCCCUGACAACGGCUCUCCAGCCUGGAAGCUUCUUAUACUCACUGGGGAAAAAGUCACCGGUAGACAUGGAUACGAGAGGAAGUCGCCUCAAGCGGAAAAGGAAAAACAGUAGCAGGGAAAGAGGAGAUCCCCAUAGAUCCGCAAAAAGACACGAGACUAGUGUGCUACACGUGGGUCAAAGGAUGAAAGGAUAG